AUGAAGACCAAAGAAAGACUACCUAGAGCCACUCUAGAGCAGAAGAUCCAGAUCCUAGACUACUUCCACUCGUCCGACAGGCCCCAGCUGGACACUGUGGAAAAGUUCAAGGAUAUGGUGGCGAUUUCCACGUCCACAUUCAACGAAUGGGUCAAACGAGAAGAUGAAUACAGAGACAGAUACAAGCAGCUGGAAGGCGGUUUCGGCAAGCAUCUGAAGAGAAAAAGCUCUUAUAAAUACGAUAAGAUCAACAGGGCCAUGGAUCUUCUAGUGCAGCAGCGUUUGGACAGAAACGAGUCGGUUACUGAACCGCUAUUGAGAGACUACUGGCAGGUUUAUGCCCAUCAGUUUGGCGUGGACAACCCCAAAAGACUUAUUUCCUUCAGUCACGGCUGGUUGAGCCAGUUCAAGAAAAGACACGGGCUUUUGCGGAAAAAGGGCUCCAAGAACGAUUUGACCAGGGUGACCAACGAGAGACUACUAGCAGAACAAGUUACUUCGGAGGGAUCGGACUUUUCUGCGGAUGAGCUGUCGCUGGACGAGGAGGAGCCGAAGCAAAAGAAGAAAAAAUCGGCUUUUAGGCCCCAGGAUACGCUCAGUUUCCAGAACCAGUUCUCAUACACUGAAAGGAAGCUGCCGCAGCGGGACCGUCUAGGUGUAUUGCCGGUAACUACGAAACCGGUUGCUGGAGAUAUUGAGAAAUUUCUAUUUAACGUCGCUGACGAGUUCUUCAACGAGCACCAGUACGAGUACCCCCAGACGAUCAAGAUGUACCAUGAGUUCAAGCUGUCUUUUCUCAGUGAGCGUCUCAUAGAUCUACGGUCUAAGGAUGAGGCAGAUGGAUCUCAAAACGAAAAGCUUCUUUCAGACCACAGGCUUCUUCCGGGCUCACAGCUUUCUCAGAAGCCCGAGAAAAGACGUCGUUUGGAGCAGAUUCCUCAGCAGAUACGCCAGCAGCUUCCCCAGCCGAAUCUCUUUGGGCAAUCAAGUUCCAGCAGGCUGGGGAAUAGCGAGAUUCUCGAUAAUAUGUUCAUGAGGAGGCAAAAUGUUGAAGAUUACAGGUUUCAGCAUGGCCAACAGCUCGAGCAGCGCCAGGAAAAGCCCUCUGAGGGCGAGGAGGUUUGGAAUAAUCUGAGGAAGAUGUGGGAGAGGAACAAGAUAAUGUUGUAA